CCUCAGGCUAGCCCACCCAAUGCUUGAAUGCAUGCCUUCUGGUCGCUCGAACCUUCAAGAAAGGAGUAGCACAUCAUCCUUUCCGGCCGCGGCGGUGUCCAGGACGGGUCGCGGGGUUAGACAGGUUCACUGACAAGCAAUGUCGCCCCUUGACCGUCGUGACAAGGUUUCACCUCCGUGCUAAAUGUCAAUCACUCACAGCGAGGCCUUUUCACUUCCACGACCUCGAUCGACAGCAAGAUGGUCUAUCGAGCCUCCGGCGUGCAAUGUACUGCACCUGAAACGUCAAUGUGGCCUCGGGACCCUCGUAGUACCCUGCCAAGCCUCGUUAUCGCCUCACGCCACCGUGGCGGUCAUGAAGCUCCAGCGCACAAGACACGCUUCGACUGGCCACCACCUGCGCGUCAAAGUGACUAGUUUCCACAUGUCUGUUCGUCGGGCAGAUGCGUCUCGUCCAGGUCGAGGUUCAUGCUUGUUUGGCUGUCGAAGGCAUCCUGCCGAUGUUGUGCGGUUCCUGCCAGAGCCAUCGCGUUCGUCUCGCAAACAUCAGUACUGUCCGAUACCUGACCCAAACGUUGGUUAUUGGUUAGUUGCGGGGAAUUCCAGUACAGAGGCUCUGGAACAUCCACCUUCUUGGUUUUUCGUGUUCGCGGUCAUAUUGGCCAUCACUCUGUGGCUCGUUCUGUGUCCAACAUGGAGCUAGAUCAAACUCAGAGCUUAUUGUCUGUGAUUGUUGGUUGCGCG